AUGCAGCUUAUUUUAAGAUAUGUGGAACCAAAAUUGCCAAAAAUUAUCUGUGAGGAAAAUCUGUCCGGUUCUGAGGAGGAGCUAAGCGCCGAGGAAAGGAAACAGCGAAGUCGUCUGCAACAAAUUCACUUACAAAUUGAUGAAUUGCGUGAAUUGAAUUUGCCGACCAAAGAAACCGAGGAAGAGCUCUGGGAUGUGCAAACAGCAAUCACGAUGCUUUGCAGGAAGGUGAGCACAGUCCAUAUGCAUGAAUCUAAUUACACAAUCUGGUGUGUUGCCUCGCUUGACUUGCAAAAAGUGCAUUUGCGUCACGGAAUUUAA